CAACAGAUUAACAAAAUGGAAAAUAAACAGCAGACAAGAAAGAAACUUAGAAUAAGUAAAAAUAAGAAGAAGGGAUGGAAAAAGACAGAUAUUACAGAAGUGGAAGAGUUUUUAGAAGACCAAAGACUACAAGAAAGGACAGGAGGUUUGGUUGCAGAGAAGAAAGAUGAACAGUUGUUUAUUGUUGACAAAGCUCCAGAGGAGGAACCACAGAUUCAGAGAAAGAGAAAGAAGAAAGAUACAAAAAUAUUGAAAUGUCAUUCUCAUUUACAAUUUGAUCCAAGGAUAAAACCUGCCAGAAUUGCACAUAAUCUCAGAAAACCUGGUGUAGAAAGAAGACAUGAACGAGUGGUGGAAAGAAUAAAAAGUGGAAAGAAAACAAAGACAGAAAUACAGGCUGAAAAACAAAGUCGCACAGAUCGUAGACUGAAAAGGGAAACAAGGAGGAAAGAACACAGAUUGUUUAAAAAAUCUUACGACUUGUGGGGCACUGAAAAUACAGAAGAGGAUUUACCAGUAAAGAAGCAAAAAUUCAAUCCUCCAAAACAUCACAGAGAAAAACCAACACUUGUUUCAGCUGUUGAAAUACCACACCCUGGAGCCUCAUAUAACCCAGCAUUUGAUGAUUAUCAGGCAUUGAUUGAGAAAGCACAUAAUGUAGAAGUAAAGAAAACAAAAAUAGAAAAGAAGAUUUACAAUGCAUUAGAUGCUAAAUUUAAAAGUUUAGACAAAGCAGAGUUAGAGAAAACAUGGUUGACAGAAAUGUCUGCUGGACUUGCUGAUGAUGAUACUGUAGAAGAUAAUGAUAUUGGUGACCUUGACCUUGAUAAAAUAUCUGUCAAUCCUCCUGUUCAAAGAGAAAAGAAAAAGACGAAAAUACAAAGAAAUAAAGAAAAGAAAUUAAAGCAACAAGAAAAGUUACAGCAUAACGAUAAAGUGAAAAAACUAAGGGCAAAUGAAAUAUUUAGAUUGAAAUCAAUUAAAAAAGAAGUAAAAGAAAAAGAAAAGAAGGUAGAACAGAAGAAAGAAGAAAGACUGAAAAGAGAAGCUAAAAAUAAAACAAAGACAAGAAAAAUUGGAAAAAUGAAAUUUGAAGAACCAAAUUUAGAAAUUAAAUUAACAGAUGAAUUAGAAGGAUCAUUAAGACUUUUAAAGCCAGAAGGCCAUUUGUUUGAAGAUCGAUUUAAGAGUUUACAGAAGAGGAGUAUUAUAGAACCUAGAGUACAAGCAAGGAGAACAAGAAAAUACAAACCUAAAGUCUUUGAUAAAAGAAGUCACAGACCAGAAGAGUCUUGAAGAAAUUGGAACAAGAGGAAAAUUGACAAUUCUAUCAACACGUGUCAACCAUGGAUAUCUGAACUGUAUUUAUUAAAUAUAUAUACAGUACAUGAUAAUAAAACUGUUUUUUUUUACUGCUGAAA